AUGGGCAAGGUGACCCUGGACGAUCGAUGCACGAGCAGCGUGGCGAGUUGCCACAACGGACUUGUGCAUUGGGAGCAGCAGGCGGCCCGACGCGAGAUGAUUUCGGUCGCCUGUGCUGCUGGGUUUUCGGCUGGUUUUGGGACACCGUUGGGCGGAGUCCUGUGGAGCUUCGAGCUGAGUGGCCUGGAGGUCACUGGAUGCAGCCAGUUUCCUCAGCAAACGCUGAUCUCUGCCUUUCUGGCAGACAUUGUGGCAGAUCUGGUGGAGGGUAUCAAAGGUCGGCAACAUUUUUUAAGAUGCAGUUUUUAA